UGCAUCCUACUGGUGGUGGAGCUGUUGCACUGCUCUUACACACUCUUCUAGAAUGAUCUCACAAAGCCCACGUUUCCAAGCAGGCGGGCAAAACGACAAGUCACAAGGGAGCCUGGAAAACACGCGAUGUUUGGAGACCCACCAGCACCGCUGUUGUAAACCCUUGAGUUAACUGUUUAGGUGUCAGACUCAGUGAUCAUCUUUGCCGGGCUGCAUUGCUAGAUAACACAAUUAUUUGUAUCGUGAUACGACGAAGGAGUUUUAUUUCUAAAACGUUUAAGAUGCAGCCUGCAACAGCUAAGUGGUAUGACAGAAGGGAUUCUGUUUUUGUAGAUUUCUGCGUGGAGGACAGUAAAGAUGUGCAAGUAAAAUUUGAAAAGUCAAAAAUGCAUUUUAGUUGUGUUAGUGGAACAGACAACAUCAAACACCAGAAUGCAGUGGAGCUUUUUGGGGAGAUUGACCCCAAAGGCUCUAAGCACAGACGCACUGACAGGUCCGUGUUGUGUUGUUUACGAAAAGCAGAUGCCGGGAAGUCGUGGCCACGACUCACCAAAGAAAAGACAAAGUGCAACUGGCUGAGUGUGGAUUUCAAUAAUUGGAAAGACUGGGAAGACGAUUCAGAUGAAGACUUGUCAAGUUUUGACAAAUUUUCAGAGAUGAUGAACAGCAUGGGUGGGGAUGAUCUACCUGAUUUAGACGGUGCAGAUGAAGAGCGUGAUUCUGCAGACAGCGAUGAUGAAAAAAUACCAGACCUUGAGUAGACAGACAUGGUUGCCACCUUAGUAGUUAUCAAAGCGAGUUAUGAGUCUGUUGAAAAGAGGGACGAGACACGAGUUGGCAGCCAUGUUUAAGGAGAAUCUCUCCACGCAGUCUCCAAAGUGAAUCUCCCCAAGGGAGUGACAGGGAGUGACAGUUGGAUACAGACAUGCGCAGACAUCCAUAGCAACAUACAGUGCUGUGCUUUGCUGUUUUGUUCUGCAUGGACAAUUCUGUUCAAAUGAAAAUGUUAUCGUUCCUUGACAUAAAUGGCUGUAAUGGGAUGUGCUGAUGUCUUAAACCUCGUCUCUCUCUGUCUCUCUCUCUCUCUGUUUUUGCGAUGUCAGAAAAUGUAUUAAAUGUUGUGAUUUCUAAUAGAAAAAAAACUUAAAUAUGCCUAUUUUCAAAAAAGACGAUUUUUUUAAUGACAUUUCCCCUCCUUUAAUGUUUGUAUUGUAAAUUGCACUUAUGUUUGUUAAUUUAAAAGGCAAGAGUUCUGCUUUAAAUGGGUUUUCCAAUGUAUCAAACAUCUGCAAAUAUUUAACAAUUUCAUUUUUUAAACAUAUUCCAGCAUUUCAAAUAAACAGAUAUGCUUGUACUACUUACAUCUUGUUUUAAGGCUUUGGGAGUGGAGGUACCACCAUACAGAACAUUAAUCACUGGCAGAUAACACUUGUGCUCAGUGAAUUAAAUACUG